AAUGGCGAUUCAAAGGGAGAUCUAGAUUUGCCUGGGACCUAUGAUUAUCAAUCGGAGGCGAUCUUUGGUAUACUAUGGCAUGCGGUGUUUAAUUGUGAGGACGGGGGAACAAUCGUAAUUCUCUCGAGGCAAAGAGUCCGGUGGUGGAGAUUUUGGAUUCGAUAUGGGAGCGAUGGAUCAAUUUCAAGGUGCGGUGAAGAAAAUUUCCAAGGGAUUGAGGGGUUUUCCGGGAUUAUGGUUCUUGUUGCUCAGGGGAGGAUUAGGGAUGGUCUGCGAAGACUCCUCGGGAGAAAUGUGAAGAUGCAGUUCUGGGUCAGUUUCGUCCUCGUACACGCCGACUGGGGAUCUCUAGGGACCGUGAGAAGAUGGAUGGACUCCGAGCAAUAUCAUGAUAGGGCUUCGGGAAUAUGCCGGAAUCGCGGUACUCAGGAUGACUCCAUCGAGCCAGAUAGGCAGGACACACAGACUUCGUAUAAACUCCGACACUCGACAAAGUGGGUCUUCCUCGAUAAAGGUUGCAUAUAUGGAUCGAUGGAGGGCGAGUGGGGUGAUUUGGGAGAUCCGGAGAUAUGGGGAUCAAACCUGACUAUUGAGCGACAGAAAAGGAAGGUUUCAAAGGGAUUUUACGGAUUUGAUAAGGCAGGGAACUGGCGUAAUACAGGUUUCUCAGAUAUUAUAAAGAGUACUGUCAGAGAAUUGGUCAUCUUGGUUCCGGUGCUAGAAGUAACAAUAACCCCCCGGUUAAGAAUCACAGUUCCCAGUUUUGAUAACACGGAACUGAUCAGAGGCUAUUGGAGGACUCUGAUUGGGAAAUGCAUGAAUCCGACGAUCCAAAAUAUAAAUACUUUAUUGAUCUGGAAGGUGGAGGAUCGAGUGGCUGGUGCGGACCUCAGCAUGGGGCGGUUUCAGUUUGACUUCGAUGAGGAAGAAGACAUCCUUAUGGAAGGGGCUGCAAGUUAUAAGGGCGCACUACAGGACAAAAUGGGGUCUCCACUGUCUGCUAGGGAUCCGCAACCAACAUAUGCUUUGAUGCAAGGGAAAGGGAAAGGGAAGGUCUCCGAAUAUCAAGAGGGGAGAAAAGGAUAUAAUUAUGGAACUCGAUGGGGUGGUGACAAAGCAGGAGGCCCUCGA